AAUUUAAGAAAAUUAAAACUGGUUUGCUCUCUGACUACUCACGCAUGAGCAUGGAAAUACCUAAGCUCAUGCGUAGAUUGGCGAGCAUGUCACUUAAGUGGUAAAGCCUCUGACUUGGUACGCAUGAGCGGCCCAAAAUAUGCGUGACCUAUCAGACGCGACUUAAACCAGCAGGCGCGUCCUUAUGUUUCAAACCUUCUUCUUUUUCCUUCUGCGAACCAAAAUCCAUUUCUCCCCCAUUUUCGAAACUCCAUUCCUAAGUCUCUAGACUUGUUGGUUGUUCCAUUCCUAAGAAUUUGAGUCCUUAGUUCUCCUUUACUCUUUCAUCUCUCAAUUUCUCAAGGAAUGGCUUAUAAGGGCAGUGGAAAAUUGGAUACGUUGGCAAGUUUAUAUGCGAAACUUGAGGAAAAGGAUUCUGUAUUUAAGAGGAAAAUUGACCUUAUUAUAUCAAACAAUGGUCCAGGUAGUUGUCUUCUCCGACUAAUGCAGAUAUCGCAUGAAUGCAACAACUUUCCUAGUAAAUUGUGUGAUAUUUUCAUGGAAAAAUAUCAAGAAAUUGAUCCAAGGUUGAAAUUUUAUUCAUUCAACAUAAAUGAUAUUCUCAUAAAUGUCACACUGGAAGAUGUGCUAUUCAUAACCGGGUUACCAAUUGAUGGGAAACCCGUUAUCUCAGAUACUGGCUAUGAUGAAGGCGCAUUCUUAUCCAUAUUUGGGAUAGAUAAAAAAGUUCUUUAUAUUACUGAGUUAGCAGAUAUUGCAUGUGGGCAAGAGCCAGAUGAUAGGAGGAUCUAUGCUAUACUGUUGAUAGUGAUCGUUUCCAUAGUGGCCCCAACAGGGGAUGGGCAUGUAUGUCGCUCCUCAUACGUUCAAUUCAUUAAGAAUUUGGACGAUGUGAACAACUAUGCAUGGGGGGCUGCUUUACUCUCGUUCUUAUAUCGUGGGAUGAGAAGGUACAAAACUGAAGAAAAGAAAUUUGUUGAUGGGAACACCUGGGUAUUAUUAAGUUUUAUGUUGUUCCACAUUCCGAAGUUGCAGCAAGAACUUCAAAUUGACCUCACAGUGCAGCCGCCAACACCUCUGUUAUUUUCGGUUGUGAAUUCAUUGGAGAAGAUUGGUCGAGACCAUUAUUCAAGAUAUGUGCCGAAAGUAACUGCCUUGUUAAACUCUCUGGAUGCCACGGAUAUUAAGUGGCACCCAUAUACAAGGGAGAUGCUGCCUGCUAUGGUCCAAGAACAAAUUUCUUUCACCACCCGUCUAUCACCACUGUUCUGCUUAAAUUAUGUGGAACACCAUCUUCCUCACCUUCUUGCCCCUGAUAGUCCAUUAACAUGUGCCUGUACACACAUGGGUAUGUGCAUUGUUGGAGACUUGGAGUACAUGUUCGUUGUUUGCAGUUAUUUGGCAUGUCACUGGAGACAUUUAGUGUCAUGUCAUUAUCGUAUUGUUUUGCACUUUUUUGGUACUGAUUAAACUGGAUUCCAUUUGGUAAUGGGAUGUUUUCAGGAUAUUUGGCUAUUUGCCAUUUUAUAUGGUACUAUUUCAUGCUGUCUUUUUCAGGUUAUUUGGUACUGUAACAGUUUUUCUCUGAAGCAUCAUUAAUGAUUUAGACUGUUUUAAUAUGUAAUCAUUUGAUUAGCUAGUCA